CGGGCAGAGAUGGACCAAAAGCUGGGUGGAGUUAGGAGCAACGCUUUUAGGAAUGGGUCCCUAACCUAUUUAGUUAGACAGCAGAGUUACUAAGAAGAGCUGGAAACACCUGAUGGUCUCUCUGGGACAAUCCGCUCCAUAUAACUCCCCUCUUAACUGUCGGAAGAUACAUCUACCUCCAGGCUUCAUUUUUGUCGAGUUUUUUGUUUUGUUUUCUCUUCUGCAAAAAGUCACAGAGCCAGCUGAUCCCACUUUCUCUCUCUCUGCCUCUCUCUGUCUCUCUCUCUUCAUCCAGAGAACUAACUGAUAAGGAGACAUUGCACUAUUCUUUUUUUGUUGUUGUUCCUAUUUAUUGUUCUUUGCACUAACGAUGCACACCACGCAAAAGGACACGACCUAUACGAAGAUUUUUGUCGGGGGUCUUCCCUACCACACCACGGAUUCAAGUCUCAGGAAAUAUUUUGAGGUGUUUGGUGAGAUUGAAGAAGCGGUGGUCAUUACCGACAGACAGACCGGGAAGUCUAGAGGUUAUGGAUUCGUGACGAUGGCUGACCGUUCGGCCGCAGACAGGGCCUGCAAGGACCCCAACCCAAUCAUUGACGGCAGGAAGGCCAACGUCAACCUGGCCUACCUGGGGGCCAAGCCUCGGGUGAUGCAGCCAGGUUUUACCUUUGGCGUUCCCCAAAUUCACCCUGCGUUCAUCCAAAGGCCUUAUGGCAUCCCGGCCCACUAUGUGUACCCUCAGGCCUUCGUACAGCCUAGUGUGGUCAUCCCUCACGUGCAACCUGCGGCCACUGCACCUGCCACCGCUUCCUCCCCCUACAUCGACUACACUGGAGCUGCCUAUGCGCAGUACUCUGCAGCUGCAGCCAGUGCUGCCGCCGCCGCCGCAUAUGAGCAGUAUCCCUACGCUGCAUCCCCUGCCGCCGCAGGCUACGUGGCUACUGCCGGCUAUGGCUAUGCAGUUCAGCAGCCUUUGGCCACUGCUGCCCCGGGCUCUGCCGCUGCUGCAGCUGCAGCCUUUGGUCAGUACCAGCCUCAGCAGCUGCAAAGCGACCGUAUGCAAUAGCAGCCACUGCAACCACGGGACAUGCAGAGUGAGGAGUGCUGCCCACAGCCACAGCUGAUUGGUUACGAGAAGGAGCAGCGAAGGAAAAGGAAAAGGGAGUGACCUUAAGGGUGGGCAUGUUAGCAACUCAGAGUCAGAGCUGCUUUAAAAAGGUGAAGAUGAUGAUGGUGAUAAUGGUGGUGGUAGUGAUGAUGAUGGUGAGGUGGAAACUUUUUACAGUAACUUUCCAACUUGCUGUGCUUCAACCAAAAAAAACGCAAAAAUGAAAAAAGUCGCAGAACAAAUAAUGGAAAAUGAUUUACUAUUAUUAUUGUUGUUGUUAUUACUAUAAUUAUUAUUAUUAUCAUUACUAUUAUUGUAGUAGAGUACUUAGUUCUAGAGAAGAAAUGCAGGAACUAAUCCCUGUGGUUGAUAUAGGUGUUGAACUAAGCCUUUAAGUCCAAUUGCUGUCUUUAACAUUAGUGUAGGAAACUGUUCUCUUUUUUAACUUGUGGUCAUCCACAAGUGUUUUUGGUUAUUUGAUGCCCUUUUAACAUUUAUAUUUAUUAGUGUUAUUGUUACACACUGGGGGCUCUUCUUGUUCUUUUUGUCUUUUUAAGUGCAUUUUUUGGAGUAAAUAUUUUCUGAUAAUCAGGGAAAUGGAACCGUUUCCAACGUGUUAGCUAUUAUGAUGUGACCUCUGUCAGGAAGUCGAAGAGUCGUAACUUGUCGUGUCACACCUAUUUGAAGUACUACCUUUUUAUCUUCCUGAUGCUGAAUGUCUCUUUUUUUACUCAGUGUCUCAACCUCUUGACCUAUGCAAAGCAAACAAAUCACCAGGAGACAAAAAAAGAAAAGAAACAAAAAACUGAAAAUGUCAUCAACUCUCUGACUCAAUUCUUGGACUAAAGAGGGACUUGGCAAACAAAACAAACGCACUGACAAAAGAAGAGGGGUUGAAAAUGGCUUCAGACAAUGAGAAACACCAAAUCAGUUGCUUUUCCACAUGUUUCACUCACACGUACACUGACACAUGCAUCCAGAGUUGCACACAUAGCAGUCAAAGACAAAGGCAGCACAGUUGUGUUUCUCUGUGGCUCUGGGAUGGAGAGAAAGAAAAAGAGAAAGAAAGAGGGAGAGAGAGCAGCAGCUGCUGGUGGGGGUGGACAGAGCCGCUUGAGCGCCACACAGACAGAUCACUCUGGAAAGAACGCAUCACUUGUGCUCGUUUGUUGAGCUGUCACAUUUUAAUCCCCGGUCGGGCCCAUUUGGGAACCAACUUCACACCCCUCCACCAAACACAGAGCCCCACAGCAGAGCCCCCCCCCCAACCCCCCUCAUCAUUCAGGCCUGCAGCUGUCAGCACUUCCACCUCUGUGCUGCUGUAGUCUGGUGUCAGGUACACACUCACAAACACACACACACUUUCACCAAAGCUGCCCCAGCAACUGGCCUGCCUCAUAUCUGUCAAAAACACAAGGUGGGGUGGAGAAGACGGGGCUUUGACUCUUUGACGUUACGUUGGUCUGUGUGCCUUACAUUUUUACUGCUAUUUAAGAGAAAAAGAAAAAGAAAAAAAGAGAGAAAUUUACUAUUUAAGAUAUUUAUUUUUGAGGGUUGACUAUGUUAAGGCUCUGAGAGUAGAGACUUAGUGGCGGUACUGUAUUAAUAUCAUUAUGUACUCAUCUCAAGGCAUAUAUAAGUUAUUGAUUAGUUUUAGUAAUAAUAUGGUUAUUAUUAUUAUCAUUAUUAUUAUUAUUAUUAUUAUUAACAUACUCAACCAAAAAUGUUGAUGUAGGAGUUAUUUAUGAUACUGUUAUGUGCACUGUACUUUUUUUUUUUUGAUUCUUUAAAACAUGACAUUACAUUUUAGCUUAAUGCCUUUAUGCCUUUUGUAGGGAAGAAACUUUAUUUAAAUGCAGGCCUGUUUUGCAUGCAGAUUGUACUCUGCCUCUUCUGUGUUUAGAAGAGAGGAAAAAAUAAUAAUAAUUUUCACAAAAAACAAGCAAAAAUGCUGCUUUCUCCACUAGAAUGUAUAGUCGUUGUCAAGAUUUCAGUAGUCGUGCUUCUUUUGCUUAAUAUUCAUCAGAUGGGCUAUUUUACACUGUUGGGAAUUUUUAUACUUGAACUAUUUCUUACAAGGGAAAUUUGAAAAAUAAAUGACAAAAAAACUUUUUAAGGAAGCUUUUCAUUGUCACUGAAUGGAGGCAUGUAAAGUGUUAGUAUUUAAAUGCAAAGGUCCUGUUAAUAUUAAAACCUUUACUUCAGAUUUUCAUCAACAUUUACUCAAAUUGGAAUAAAAUGUUCUUCAUUUAAAAAA